CACGAAUCCGUAGCAUUAGACCCCCCAACAGAUAGAUAAACAGGCAGGCAGUGUGCAGCACACCACACCACACCACACCACACCACACAGGCUGCCGCAUAUUUCUCUACAGCAUGCACGAUGCACCAUGCACAUGCAGGCAUUCAAGGCAGGAGCGUUAAAACACGAAGGAAGCAUGAGCCCGGAAAAUGGGCUCACGUCACCCAUCUCAAUCUCAAUCUCUCUCACACACACACUCUCCCUCUCUCAGAGUGGAAGAUGUAUAGGGGCACAAAGACCCACAUAUUACAUCAUUGAAAGUGCAACACGCAUGCUCACACGCAGGCAGACACACACACGCAUACGACGUAUGUAUGUAUGUAUGUAUGUUUGUUUGUGUGAGGGUGUGCGGACCACGCAAGCACCCACCCACCCAUGGGCCCAUGGAUCCACUCGUUCGUCAUAUGCACAGCUGGGUGUGGACGGCCCCCGAGUUGUAGAAUCGCCUCAGCAGUGCCGAAAUGACGCCAUGCUCAGCCUCGUCAUCCUGACAAACAAAACACAUAUACCCCACAACACACACCCCAGCCGACGGAUGGAUGAUGCACAUGGGAUGGGUGUCUUCUGUGUCUUCUGUCUCUGUGUGUGUCGAUGUCGAUGUGUGGGUCGACCGUACCGGGUCUAGGUCUGUGUGUGUGAUGUUGACGAUCAGGAAGUACAGGCGGCCGACCAAAAAGAUGGGGCUGACGUGCAGCAGCGGACACAGCAGCUCACCUGAACAAAGACUCACGCAAAGGAAAGAAACACAGCCAUGACACACAUAACCGGCAGGCCUCCCCUUUUGUCCACCCACUCUCUCACUCACCCGAUCGUCGCCUGAUGAGCGCCCGCACGACGAUGUCAUUGGCCACAGACACGCCAUGUGACGCGCGCGUCUCGUCCAACUGAAUGGACCAUACCAUUGACACAUAGGGAAGGACAGAUCAUGCCUGUGUGUGCCUCUAUCCUAACCGUCCCGUCCUGCCCCUGUGUGUGUGUGGCUACGUACGUAUCUGAUGAGUGCCUGGUUUGCGUGGUCGUUGACGUCCGAGCACAUGAGCGAGUAAGGAGAACCGAUGACGUCCCACGGCUCGUACCCACACAACUUGCAAAACGCCUCUGACACUAUCACCAACGGGCUACACAUACACACACACACACACAGAGAGAGAGAGAGAGACCAUGCACAUUGCCUCCCUCCCUCCCUCCCUCCAUCCCUCUCGCCCUUCCUUACUAGUUGGGCUGCUCGGAGUCGAUCAACGCCGGCCCGAACUGCACAUCCCGAUACAGCGCACUCACCAGCCCCGUCCCCCUCUCCCCUUCCGACAUCAUCGGCACCCCGCUGCCCCCCCCAAAUGAGCUCUUCUCCCCCACCAUGGCCAGGCGAGACCGCAGCUCCUCAACGUGGUCCUGCAGAAACGCCACCGUCUCCUCCAGAUGGCGUGCCUGCGUCUGCGACCCCGACGCAUCGCUGCACACACUCACACCGCUCCUGUGGACGGUCGAUGGCCGCGUUGUCCCGGUGAUUCCGCUGCUGCUCUGGCCCCCGUCUGAGGCACCGCUGCUCGACCCCUGCCGACAGAUGGUAUCGGGAGGAGGGUGCAGGAGACCACUGUCGCUGUUCGCCAGGCUGCCUUGCCGGAGCAUCUUCUUGCGCCACUCAUUGGGGUCGUAGGGCGGCGUCAGCUUUCGUUUAUCGCUGGGGAGGAGAGCGGGAGGCCUGUGGUGGGAUGCUGUCGGCCCGUCGAAGGGGAAGAGGUCUUCAGGGAAGGAAUCUUCGUCUGCAUCAGACGCCAAUGUGAAGCCGCCACCCUCCGCCAUCGCCAUUGUCCUGCACCGAGCUCCCUCACAAGCUGGGGUUCAGGGUUGCAAGCUCGAAAAGAACUCAACCGCCCACCACACCCAGG